AUGGGGAGCUGCUGGCUGCGCCUCGCCGCGCUGCUCGCCCUGGGCGCCCGGGCCAGCCUGGAGUACGAGGGAUCGGGAUAUUCACCCCUUGAAGAUGAUGAGGAUGUUUAUGCACGCAGUAGAUACAAAGAAACACCGUGGUGCUCCCCUAUUAAAGUGAAACAUGGUUAUGCAAACUGCAGGACACCUCAAGGGGAAUAUUACAAGAAUGUGUUGGGCACAAGAUGUGAUAUUCGCUGCCAAAAAGGCUACGAACUGCAUGGCCCUCACCAGCUAAUUUGUCAGUCAAGCAAACGCUGGUCUGGAAAGGUGCUGUGCAAACAAAAGCGUUGCCCUACCCUGUCCAUGCCGACCAACGGGGGCUUCAAGUGUUUGGAUGGUGCCUACUUUGGCUCGAGGUGUGAGUACUACUGCUCCCCAGGGUACCAGCUGAAGGGGGACCGCAUCGUCACCUGCACGGACAGCAAAGCCUGGAGCGGCCGGCCGGCAGCCUGCGUCGAUACUGAACCUCCGAGGAUCCAGUGCCCGAGUGUGAAGGAGAAAACCGCGGAGCCCAACAAGCUGACAGCCAGAGUGUUCUGGGACACCCCGGAGGGACGGGACACUGCCGAUGGCAUUCUCACAGAUGUUAUUUUGAAAGGCUUGCCACCAGGGUCACAUUUUCCAGAAGGCGACCACAAAAUCCAAUAUACUGUGUACGACAGAGCUGAAAAUAAAGGCACUUGCAAAUUUCUUGUUAAAGUCAGAGUCAGACGCUGUGUGAAGUUAAAUGCCCCAGAUAAUGGCUACAUCAAGUGCUCAGGUGAUGGAAAUAACUAUGGGGCUACCUGUGAGUUCUCCUGCAUUGGUGGCUACGAGCUGCAGGGAAGCCCAGCUCGAGUCUGCCAGUACAAUUUAGGGUGGUCAGGAGUGGAGCCAACCUGUUCACCCAUGAAUAUUAAUGUGAAUGUGAGGACUGCAGCUGCACUUCUGGAUCAAUUUUAUGAGAAGCGGAGACUGCUAAUUAUUUCAACUCCUACUGCAGCUAACUUCUUCUACAGGAUGCAGCUGGGGAUGCUGCAGCCAGCACAGUGUGGGUUAGACCUGCGACACAUCACCGUGGUGGAGUUGGUUGGUGUCUUCCCAGCACAGAUAGGAAGAAUAGGAGUGAAGCUGCUGCCCCCAUCACUUGCCCUGCAGCUCAGGCUGCUGCUGAGGAUCCCCCAUUACAAUUUCAACAUCGUGGUGAUGGACAAGCAUGGCAUGGACAAGGAACGCUACCCUUUCCCUGCUACACCAGCUGAGCUCUUUGCCCUUAUUGACAAAUUCCCCUUGAGAAAAGAUGAGAUGAAAUUGCAAGCAGAAAUUGGUCAGUCAUGUCCCUAA